AUGGCGGCCAUAUUCAAGCACCCCGGAUUGAAGCCCUUUAGCCUUGCGUUGAUUCAACUGGGCAGGAUUGGUUCGGAUAAAACAGCAAACUUGAAGCAUGCACGCGAAAUGGUCCUGAAGGCAGCGACAGCGCUGGUCAAGAAACCUGACCUCAUUGUUCUUCCGGAAUGCUUCAAUUCACCGUAUGGACACGUACAUUUUCCUGUUUACGCGGAGAAGAUUGGCUUUACACCUGGGCAACCAUAUGACGUUUGCUCAAGUGAAAGCGAAAGCGUGAAAAUGCUUUCAGGUGUCGCAAAGGAGAGCGGGAUAUGGUUGAUUGGAGGCUCUAUACCUGAAAGGGACACUGUGGAUGACAACAUCUACAAUACGUGUACGGUGUAUAGUCCGAAAGGUGAACUUGUGGCCCUUUUCCGUAAAAUCCAUCUAUUCGAUAUCGACAUUCCCGGCAAGAUCAAGUUCAAGGAAAGCGAGACUUUGACCGGAGGCAAGACUCCCGCCUUCUUCGAUACAGAUUUCGCCCGUAUUGGCCUGGGUAUCUGCUACGAUGUUCGUUUUCCAGAAUUGUCAAUGCUCGCUGCCAGACAAGGUUGCCAUGUCCUCAUUUAUCCAGGAGCAUUCAAUAUGACUACGGGUCCCCUUCAUUGGGAGCUGUUACAAAGAUCGAGAGCUGUGGAUAAUCAAGUCUUCUUCUCGAUGUGUAGUCCUGCACGGGAUAUGUCCGCUGGCUACCAUGCUGUGAGUUCGACCGUUCCAUUACUGAAACGCAUAGAGACUGCCGGUUAAUCUGGCGUUCAAUUGCAGUGGGGACAUUCAAUGGUCGUAGAUCCCAUGGGUAAAGUACUGGUUGAAGCUCACGAGGGUGAAGACAUAUUAUAUGCAGAUAUUGAUCCUACCACGUUCGAUGAAACGCGGAAAGGCAUACCUGUGACAACACAGAGGAGGUUUGAAGUUUACCCAGAUGUCUCUACAGUAUACUCUCCUUAGUCAGGCAUAGAAUGUCGUAGAUGGCUGUAGAAUAUGAUCGAACUUUUGGCCUUCC